AUGUCCACCCAACAAACAGCCAAGACGCAGUACGUCGAAUUGCCACGUGGCGCUAAAUUCGCCUACCGACAAAUCGGCGCUGCUUUGGGCACACCUCUCGUCGUCCUAACCCACUUCCGUGGCACAAUGGACAAGUGGGAUCCCCUUGUCAUCAACACCCUGGCUGCCAACCGUCGCGUCAUUACAGUUGACUAUGCAGGCGUCGGUCUAAGCACUGGCGAAGUAGCCAACUCCAUUCGCCAAUCCGCAGCCGACAUCUCACAGUUCAUCGAAGUCAUCAAGGAGCCCGAGGUUGACCUUCUGGGCUUUAGUAUUGGAGGAUAUGUCGCACAGAUGGUUGCACUCAACUCUGAUCCCAACAAAGUCAAGAUCCGCAAGCUCAUCCUCGCUGGUACUGGAACUAGCCAUGGAGAAGACCUGGCCCUGUCUCCCAACGACGAUGUUGGCGCUGUGGCUGGUGUGAAGGAUGUCAACAUAGACGUCUUUAAGACUCUGUUCUUCCACAAGAACCCUGAAGGUGACGCUGCCGCAGAGGCGUGGUGGGGUCGUAUUCAUGAGCGAAAGCAGUCGACUUGUGGUGAAGAGGUUUCCGAAUGGCUCAGCAGUGGUUACAAAGAUCAAGGAAAAGGUAUCAAGGGCCAAGCGACACAGGGCCACACCUUUACGAUGAGUGCCGACACUAGCCGGGGUGAAGAGGGAGCUUAUGAUCGACUGUCGGAGAUCAAGAUCCCCGUCUUGGUAGCCAACGGAAACAACGAUUAUAUGAUUCCAACAUCAAACAGCUACCUCAUAUAUCAAAAAGUACCCAACGGCCAACUGAUUCUCUACCCCAACAGUGGACAUGGUUUCCUCUUCCAAUAUGCAACCACUUUCGUCAAGCACGCUGAGCUGUUUCUGCAGAGUUAG